AAUCAAUAAUGUCAGCACUAAACUGGAAGCCCUUUAUCUAUGGAGGUUUAGCAUCAAUCACUGCAGAAUGUGGUACUUUCCCCAUUGAUCUGACCAAAACACGUCUGCAGGUUCAAGGUCAAGUUAAUGAUGCCAAAUAUAAAGAGAUACGCUACCGUGGAAUGGUGCAUGCGCUAGUCAGAAUAUGCAGAGAAGAAGGAUUGAAAGCCUUAUACUCUGGGAUUGCACCUGCAAUGUUACGGCAAGCUUCAUAUGGAACUAUAAAAAUAGGCACUUACCAGAGCUUUAAAAGAAUGUUUGUUGAGCAUCCAGAAGAUGAAACCCUGAUGAUAAAUGUUCUAUGUGGCAUUCUUUCGGGAGUAAUCUCAUCAUCUAUUGCUAACCCUACAGAUGUCUUAAAGAUCAGAAUGCAAGCCCAAGGUAGUGUGAUUCAAGGAGGAAUGAUGGGCAACUUCAUACAGAUUUACCAAAAGGAAGGCACUAAAGGAUUAUGGAAGGGAGUAUCACUGACAGCGCAGAGAGCUGCUAUUGUUGUUGGAGUGGAACUGCCAGUGUAUGACCUUACCAAGAAGCACAUAAUUAUGUCUGGAUUUAUGGGAGAUACAGUAUAUACUCACUUCCUCUCAAGUUUUACUUGUGGAUUAGCUGGAGCUGUUGCAUCCAACCCAAUUGAUGUUGUGAGAACACGCAUGAUGAAUCAGAGAAGCCAACAUGGAGGACCCUCAAACUAUAAGGGUACUUUGGAUUGCUUGUUACAAACAUGGAAGAAUGAAGGCUUUUUUGCUCUGUAUAAAGGGUUUUGGCCAAACUGGUUAAGACUUGGUCCUUGGAAUAUCAUUUUCUUUUUGACAUAUGAACAGCUGAAGAAAUUAGACUGCUGACAUGCUGAACUGUAUACUGAUUUCUGUUAAUGUACAGUUUGAGUUCAGAGCAACUUGUAAGUUACCCUGAGUAUCUGCUCUUUAUUGUCUGAGAUGCUGGCCAAAGGAAGAGGUCAUUACAAGACUGUCGUGAAUGAGAACAACCUGGAAGUGAUUUCAAGGCAAACUGGCUCCUGUAACAAUGGCUUGCUCACAUGAUUCAGUGGAUGCUGUGCAGUAUUUUCUAGACUGAACCAAAUGUGGGGGAAUACCUUCUGUCAACUGUUUUAAGUUGUCUUGAAUGUGAAGAUGUGUAGUGCAACUUUAUGCUGUUGAGACUCAGAUGCAUGGUGUUUAGAGGUGUAAGAGACAGAGAACAAUCUUUCUGUAAAGGAAGAUAGGUAGUUCCAAGGAGGUGGGCUUCUCCUGUUUUCAGAUGCAUAUACAAUUUGACUGUAAUAGCUUCUAAUGAACUGAAAGUGUCACAUGACAUCUUUGCAGGCUUUCAGUUCAGCAAAAUACCUGUUGCAAUACAAAAAUCUGCUUCUGGUUUUGGAGCUUUCCUGUGAUCCAAGUCCUUAGAAGUCUGCAUAAUUUGCUGGGAAUUACCCAGCUUCAUUUGAAAGUGUGGUUGCUGCAGUUGUCAGUUUUGCGUAGCUUGAGGAAAGUUUUUUCCAAUGUAUCAUUCUUGAUUUUUGCCAUAAGUGAUUCUUCAGCAUAUUCAUAUGUAAAUUGCAAGUAGGAAUGAUGUUCAAACAAGUCCAUGCUCAUCUGCCUGUCUUGCAGAGAAACUUCCCAUGCUUCUUCCAUUGUUGGGAAGAACUACCUGUAAUGGUUACUGGCUGUUACGUGUCAUCUGAAAGAUGCAAGUUUUAUCCUGAGCAGCUCAGGCUGUGUCACGUAGGUGCCUGUGUGAAA